AUGAGCCUCUUGGGCUACUUUGGGGCGGCGAUAACGUCAAUCCUGGUGUCGAUACCAACGCUGCACCUGCUGGCAUCCGUGACGCAGGCCCCGGUGCUGUCCUUUGCUGCCCGCAGCAUCGCUUCCUUCAGCGCCCUCGUCUAUUGCGCCUGCUAUGGUGUCGCCGCCUCUAUUGUUCUCCGUCUGGUCGGCUAUGGCGGUCUGAGCCAGUGGACCACUGCCCGCGCCUUCAAAUGGACCAUGUGGUUGCUCACUGGUGUCGAGUUCAGAAUCACCGACAAGUAUGCCGGCCUCAAGGUGCGCCCCGGUGUCUUUAUCGGAAACCACCAGACGUAUGUUCUUCUUGAUCUAUUUUCUGUACUUGUCUCUCUCCAAGCAACGACUAACAUGCAUCUCCAAACAGUNGAACUCGACGUCCUGAUGCUUGGCUGCAUAUUCCCACCCUACUGCUCCGUCACCGCAAAGAGCAGUCUCAAAUGGAUGCCUUUCCUCGGCCAAUUCAUGNNGCUCUCCAAGACCGUCUUCAUCAACCGCACAUCGCGCUCCGAAGCCAUGGCUGCCUUCUCCCAAGCCGCCGAAACCAUGCACUCAGAGCAACAAUCCGUCUACAUCUUCCCUGAGGGCACUCGCUCCUACGCCAACACACCUACCCUUCUUCCCUUCAAGAAAGGCGCUUUCCACCUUGCUGUUCAAGCCCAGGUUCCCAUUGUCCCUGUAGUUGUCGCAAACUACAGCAAUGUCUUGGAUGUCAAGAAUAAGAUCUUCAACUCUGGCGUAGUUCCGGUUUCUGUCUUGAAGCCUGUGGAAACCAAGGGCUUGACCAAGGAUGAUGUGGAUGCUUUGGUUGAGAGAGUGCAGAAGGAUAUGGCUGAAGAGCUGGUCAGAAUCACCGAAGUUGCCCAGAAGAAGGGCGUUGCUGGUAGCGAUGCUUCGACUCGUGCAUCCAAGAGCUCGGGGGUUGAUAUGGGCAUCAGCGGUUGA